UUUCUUCGACCAAGUCCCCUUUCUCUCUCUCUCUCUCUCUCUCUUCACCGCCAUUCCAAUUUGGUUGGCGUAGAUUGCAAGUGUCUUUCUCUCUAGAUUUUUCUCUCACCUAGAAUAGUCUAAGCUGCUUUUACUUGUCGUUUAAGUCUCUACGAGGGGGGUUUUGAACUGAGAUCGGGUAGGGUUUGGAGAAGAUGGCGACAAUGGAGAGCUUGAUCGGUCUGGUGAAUCGCAUACAGAGGGCGUGUACUGCUCUCGGAGACUACGGAGGCGGCGAUACCGCUUUCUCCUCUCUUUGGGAUGCUCUUCCCUCCGUUGCCGUCGUCGGUGGACAGAGUUCUGGAAAAUCUUCCGUUUUGGAGAGCAUAGUUGGGAGAGAUUUUCUUCCUCGAGGAUCUGGGAUUGUCACAAGGCGGCCUUUGGUGUUGCAACUUUACAAGAUAGAUGAGGGACAGCAGGAGUAUGGCGAAUUUUCUCAUCUGCCUCGAAGAAAAUUCACUGAUUAUG